GCAGCCAGAGCUCGGGAACAAGCCCUCUCGGUCACUGCUAGACGAGGAAUUAGGAAGAAGGGCUGGGGCUGGCUCUAAUGAACACUGUGACUGCUGUUCGGUUGGACCCACAGACUAGAGUAAGGAAGUUUGAAGCCCACAAAACCCAGCAGGAACUGACAGCAGCUGACUGACGCAGCAGUCAAAACCAGAGAGAGUGAGAAAUAAGGGCUGAUCCUGCAUCAGACUUGCAAAGCCCCUGACUGGACAAAGCAAGCUGGUUUUGCUUAACAGCUUAGAGCCUACAAAAACACAAAAAAUGAGGGCAGGACAGCAAAGACAGCAGAAGAGGGAGCAUCCUGACCCAGUAACGUUGAGAAAACAGCGCAAGGACCUGAGAAAGAGCUCGAGACCUUGGCUGCCCCAAAGCAGUGCAUAACACCGAUAAAUCACACUGUGUGUGGCUUUGCUUUCUUGUCACCCAUGUUCAGCAACCUCAGCUGUACCCUGCAGCCUCUGACAGCAAAGGUGCAGCCCGGGUGAGCCGUGGCACAGCUUGCCGCUCUGCCUGGGCUGAAAAGUCUCGUUGUGAGGCAGAAAAAACCCUCCCUUUCCUGUGGAGGGGGCCCUCACCCACUUGCUUUUUACAGGAAGGGAUGGGGAGGCUGAAAGGCUCCCCUGGAUGGUGUGGGGCCAGCAUCCCCGGCGGGCAGCCCUGGAGCGAGUGAGGCACAGCAGCUUGCCUGGUCUCCACUCGACCCGGCCGGUUUUACCCCACCCAUGCCAGUGAGCUGACUCGGUAAGCUGACUUUUUGGGGGAGGAAAGAGGGGUUGUUGCUCGUGGGCAAUGUUUCCAAGUACCUCUGCCAUUUGCCCCUGUCACCCCACCACACAGUAGAGCCACACGAGGAGGCGGCCAGCUGUGCUCCUGAGGAGUUUCGGUUUUGUCAUCCGCUAAACAACAGGAGGAAAGUUGGCUGGCAUAUAAGGAAAUGAAAGAAAAAAAAUCACAUUGCAUUAUUAUUUCCAGAGCUAUCAUGAAACGAGCCCCUUUUCAUGUCAGAAUUGGUUUCGUUUCUCCUGAUUCUUGUCACAGUGUGUAGGUGGAGCCUGUAAAUAAAAAAGCACCAGAAGAAGUUGAGAAGUUACUGUUUCUCCUUGCUACAGGACACUACACAGAAUCGGUACAGAAGAGUGGUUGGACCAGACAGUAAUCACUAUUUAGUGAAGCACGCAUGGACAACCUACAUGGUAGGCCAAAAAAUCAGCAGACCAUGGUUAACAAGAGUGUAGUGUUCAAACAACUUUCUGAAAGAACCAAACCUGACCUGAAGAAAGAUGGUUUUGCACCACCUUCCUUACAACCAUCUUUAGAAGCUUUUUUAGUACCUCUCCCGCCAGACUUAGAAAAUGAAGGUCUUCUGACGUCGGAGAACAUGAUUGAGAGAAAGCCUAACUAUGAGCAGAAGGAGUUGAAGGAACAGUACUACGGAGAACAGGACAAGCAGACAGCAGAACAUAGCUUGUACAACCAAUAUGAGGAAAAGAUCCGACCCUGCAUUGAUCUCGUCGACAGCCUAAGAGCUCUCGGAAUAGAAAAAGACCUGGCUUUGCCCGCUAUCGCAGUGAUUGGAGACCAGAGCUCUGGGAAAAGCUCUGUCCUAGAAGCCCUGUCUGGUGUUGCUCUUCCUAGGGGCAAUGGUAUUGUUACUCGAUGCCCCUUGGAACUUAAACUGAAAAGAAUACCUGCCACCCAGGCAUGGAAAGGGAAAAUUUGUUACCGCAACAUCAGCAUAGAGCUCCAGAAUGCCUCUGAGGUGGAGAAAGCAAUAAGACAAGCCCAGGAUGUUGUGGCUGGUACUAGAGGUGCCAUUAGCGGAGAACUAAUUUCCCUAGAAAUUCGGUCCCCAGAUGUCCCAGAUCUGACACUAAUUGAUCUUCCUGGAAUUGCCAGAGUGGCUGUGGGGGAUCAGCCAAAAGACAUUGGGGAACAGAUCAAAAUGCUACUUAAAAAAAUUAUUGGCUGCAAAGAGACACUCAAUUUGGUAGUGGUGCCAUGUAAUGUGGAUAUUGCAACAACAGAAGCACUGAAAAUGGCUCAAGAGGUGGACCCCAGUGGAGAAAGGACACUAGGGAUCCUCACGAAACCUGACCUGGUGGACAGAGGAACUGAAGAGUCUAUUAUUAACAUAAUACGAAACCUGGUCAUCCCCCUCAAAAAAGGUUACAUGAUCGUGAAGUGUCGUGGGCAGCAGGACAUCCACAACAAAGUGGCCUUGGCUGCUGCAAUCCAGCAGGAGAGAAAAUUCUUUGAGACUCAUAAACAUUUCAGCAUUCUUAUGGAAGAAGGAAGGGCUACUAUCCCUCAUCUGGCAGAGAAGCUCACAAAUGAACUUGUGAAACAUAUUAUUAAAACUUUGCCAGCACUAGAGAACCAAAUACGUGAGGCACUCCAAAAAACGUUACAAGAUUUACAAAAGUAUAGAAGAGGCACACCCAGAACAGAGUCUGAAAAGCUGAUUUUCCUCACAGAUUUGAUCAAACUCUUUAAUCAAGACAUCUCUCAGACAAUGCGUGGAGAUGAACAGUUGUUUGGAAAUGAAAUCAGACUGUUUACAAAAAUCCGCAGAGAGUUUCGCACAUGGGAGUUGAUUCUCCUAGAGUGUUCUGCAAAGGUUAAAAAAAAUGUACCUAGUAAAGUGUGGAAAUAUGAAGACCAGUAUCGUGGACGGGAGUUCCCGGGCUUUACCAAUUAUAGGACAUUUGAGGACAUCAUAAAAGAGCAAAUCAUAGAACUGGAGGAACCAGCCGUUCAGAUACUGAACAACGUGAUCGGACUGGUUGAAGAGAAAUUUAUGGAACUCACUAAAAGGCAUUUUGCUAAUUUUCACUAUCUAAACAGAGCUGCUAAGACCAGAAUUGAAGACAUUAGAGAGCAACAAGCAGCGGAGGCUGAAAGACACAUCCGGACCCAGUUUAAAAUGGAGAGAAUUGUAUACUGCCAGGAUGACCUUUACAUUAACGAUUUAAACUCUGUUAAGGCAGAAAACACUACCAAAGUUGGCAAUGGGAAAGAGUUGCAGGUUGGAUCUCUUUCGAAUCAAGAGCCCUCCUUUGUCCAGGAAAUGGUUUCUCACACAAAGGCCUAUUUCAAUGGAGCAAGUAAACGCCUCGCCAAUCAGAUACCUCUGAUCAUCCUGUCUUCUGCCCUUCAUGACUUCGGGGAUCACUUGCAGACCACAAUGUUGCAUCUUUUGCAAGAAAAAGACAAGUUAAGCCAUCUCCUUCAGGAGGACAGUGAAGCUGCUAAACAUAGGAACUACCUCAGUCAACGAGUUAAUCGUCUCACCAAAGCCUGCCAGUACCUGAGAGACUUCACCUCACUGUAGAUUUCUUCAUUUUCCAGAAGUAUUUUUCUACUCUUGUUUUCUAGCAUUAUUGAAGAACUUUGUAAAAUCCCCUCAAAAUAUAAUAUCAGCACAGACCUUUAACACACAUUUCUAGUGCUCAGUUCUGCUUUAUUUUCCACAACCAGUUAUAUGCAAACAGCUACCCUAAUGUAAAGUGCUCCACUGGGGGAGUUGUGAUUAAAUAAAAGUUAUCCCGCUUCUAA